AUGGACGUGGCCUCGGCCGGUGCACGGUCCGUCGAGGAACUCGAGUUCGAAGAUGGACAGGCAGGUCUGGUGGUUGGUCUGACCCACAACAUCUUGAGAUACAGAGCCGGGUCACAGUUGUUCUACACCAACGGGUUUGGAGCCACGGCCGGUCUUCUUCAUCCAGACGGGCGUCGAAGGGAUAACAGCAGGUCUUUUCUUCGGGAAGUUCAUCGGGUGUCUGCGGCCGUACAAGAUUCUGGCAGUCGACAAGCCAAGCGAAUGCUCGCGGAUCACUCGUCGCAGGCCCCCGUCAUGCAAUGGAUCUUGUCCAAAUUGGCCGAGCAGGACUUUAUGACGGUUGCGGACGAUCUGGUGCAAACUUUGAAGGAGAUAUGGUCAGGCUUGCUUAAUAGUAAGCUGGUGGAGGACUGUAACAAAAUCCAACGCGAGGCCGAGCAGCGGAACAAGACUUCCAAAGACCUCGGCCGCCUUGAAGGCUGGAGUGGCGUCUCAGAGCAGCGACACGUGGAAAACUACGGCCGAUCGGAAGUGAAGGGUGAUCAGCUGUUCCACGUUCCGGCCGAGUUCAACAUUCGACAUUUAUUCACCCGGACGGGCAAUCGGUUCCUGACAAGCGAGGACGGGUCUCGUCGAGUUCCCGAAGAAACGGCCGAGGAGGAGUUCCUAAAGGGUGUUACAAAGCAACGAGACUGGGCGUCGCGCAAUCAUAACGAAGAGCAGAAUGUGCUGGCCGAUUUCAGCGUAGUCCAGAAGGCCGUGCGGGAGGGUCAUUACGGGAUAUGUGAAAAAGCUUGGUUUUCGGGACUUCUUCCCGAGAAGCACGCCAUCCUGGUCGGGCAGCCAGUUCGAGCACUGUACGUGCUGAGAACAUACAAGAAUGCAGCGCUCUGCUGGCCGGGCAGGAUGGAGAAUCUGUCGGCCGAGCCUGAGCGACGCCGUUUCCUGUUCGAUGAGACGGUCGAGUCGUUGUACUGGAUGAUACAGAUGGACACGGACAUUCGCAUCUUGGACUUGGAAGCUGAACGCGGACAUGGGGUCGGACUUGCAAUCCUGGGCGAAAAAGAUCUGCUUGAUUUUCACGCCGAGCACGGCUUCGCCGGCAUCCGGGAGACCUUACUAAGGAGACUCAUGGUCGAGAUGGAGUGGACACUUCCCGAAAUGGUUCCCGGCCUAGAAGCAGAGCAUCAACUAGCAAUCAGCGCCAUGAUGCAUGUGGACCCAACUUUGAUCCUGGACGAGGUGACUCAAAAGGUCGUGCGCCGACACGAGGCCGAGCGGUGGUGUCCGGACGUGGAUGACGAGGACUUGGAAGUGGUUGUCCGAGAGAAUUUGCUGCAGGGUGAGCAGGAUGAAGCACUGCGAGAAUUAACGCGCAGGAAAAGUAACGUCACCCCUGCCAGCAUCAAGUCCAACGUCAAGAAAUCUUAUCAAAAGUCGUCGGAGGCCGUGGACCCCGGUCGAUGGAAAGCUGCUGAUGCCCGGCGGCGGGCGAAGGAGAAGGAUGCGGAGAAUCGAGCCAAGCAGAAGGGGAAGACGGUCGAGCGGGUGUACAACAAGUUAUCCUCCAGCAUCGACGAGCGCAUGCGAGUUCUACUUCCCCCGGUCGUGAACGUGCACGCAGAUCCAGACAACGGUCGUUGGAGGAUGAACUAUCGGAAUGCUGUCAUCCAGGUGGGCCGUUCAAUCUCUUGGACGAUGAUCGGUGAAAGGACUGCAGCCUGCGAGGUCGUUCGACAGGCAUGGUCGUGGGCUGAACAGCACGAAG